AUGGAUUUCACUUCGUUUUUGACGUCGCUUACGACGUCUUUUCUGAUAUUUGUGGUUUUGAUGCUUGUGUUCGCAUGGCUCUCGAGAAAACCUGGUAACGCUGUUAUUUACUACCCGAAUCGUAUACUCAAAGGGUUGGAUCCAUUGGAAGGGUCAGGGUCGAGGAGUCCAUUUGCUUGGAUUCGGGAAGCGUUGAACUCUACAGAAGCAGAUGUUAUUUCUUUGUCCGGCGUCGACACUGCUGUUUACUUCGUCUUCUUGACCUCCGCACUGGCCAUCUUGGUUUUAUCUGGCCUCAUGCUACUACCUCUUCUUCUGCCUGUCGCUGCAACUGAGCAUGUGAAGGCAACCACAGAUACCACCAGCAAUGGGACCUUCAACAAUCUUGACAAGCUAUCCAUGGGAAACAUUGAAGAGAAGAGUCCAAGACUCUGGGUAUACUUGAUUGGAACUUACUGGGUUUCUUUUGUUACGUUUUAUAUCUUGUGGAAGGCAUAUAAACAUGUUUCUGAACUGAGAGCUGCAGCUUUAAUGUCUCCAGAAGUGAAACCUGAGCAAUUUGCUGUUCUCGUCAGAGACAUACCUCAGGUACAUGGAGGCCAAAGUCGUAAAGAACAAAUUGAUUCGUAUUUCAGAACAAUCCAUUCAGAAACAUUUUACCGUUCAUUGGUGGUCACAGAUAACAAAGAGGCCAACAAAAUUUGGGAAGAGUUGGAAGGAUACAGAAAGAAGCUUGCCCGUGCUGAAGCCGUUUUUGCAGCCUCAAAAACAUUAGGAACACCAGAAGGAACAAGACCGACAAAUGGAGUUGGCUUCCUUGGUCUUAUUGGCAAAAAAGUGGACACAAUAGAUUACUGCAAUGAGAAGAUUAAUGAACUGAUUCCGAAACUAGAAUCUAAACAGAAGACCACCAUUAGAGAGAAGCAGCAAGCAGCGGCUAUUGUCUUCUUCAACAACAGGCUGGCUGCAGCUUCUGCAGCUCAGGCUGUUCAUGCCCAGAUGCCCGACUCAUGGACAGUUACAGAAGCUCCAGAACCGCGUCAAAUAAUAUGGAGUAAUCUUACAAUUAAGUUUUAUGAGAGAAAGAUACGUCAAAGUAUUGUUUAUGUGGUUGUCGCUUUGACCAUAUUUUUCUACAUGAUUCCAAUUGGGUUAAUCUCUGCAUUCACAACUCUGGAGAACCUAGAGAGGUUACUUCCAUUCUUGAAGCCUAUUGUCGAGCUGAAUGUGAUCAAGACGGUAUUGGAAGCUUAUCUACCUCAGAUUGCACUAAUUGUGUUUCUGGCUUUGUUGCCAAAGUUUCUUAUGAUGCUCUCGAAGGCUGAAGGAAUCCCUUCUGUGGCUCAUGCUGUGAGAGCCACCUCAGGGAAGUAUUUCUAUUUCACAGUGUUAAAUGUUUUUAUUGGAGUUACUGUAGGUGGGACCUUAUUCAGUACGUUCAAGGACAUAGAGAAACAUCCAAACACAAUUAUAACUGUUCUGGGUACCGGUCUUCCUGCUAAUGCGACCUUCUUUCUGACCUUUGUGGCAUUGCAGUUCUUUGUUGGCUAUGGGCUUGAGCUUUCGCGGCUAGUACCUCUGAUCAUUUACCAUUUAAAGAGGAAGUAUCUCUGUAAAAGUGAAGCUGAGGUGAAAGAAGCCUGGGCUCCUGGGGAUUUUGGUUAUGCUACAACGGUUCCAAAUGAUAUGCUAAUCAUCACAGUUGUCCUCUGUUACUCUGUUAUAGCUCCUAUCAUCAUUCCAUUUGGCGUGGUUUACUUUGGCAUUGGAUGGCUUGUUCUUCGAAAUCAGGCCCUAAAAGUGUAUGUUCCAUCAUAUGAGAGCUAUGGGCGCAUGUGGCCCCACAUGCAUUCACGUAUUCUUGCUGCUCUGAUUAUCUACCAAAUUACAAUGCUUGGCUACUUUGGACUGAAGAAAUUCCCCUUCACAGUUCUCUUGAUACCCCUUAUCAUACUUUCUUUUCUCUUCACUUAUAUAUGUUCCAAGAAGUUUUAUCGAUCAUUCGAAGCCACCCCUCUUGAGGUUGCCUACCGGGAAGUGAAGGAGAUCCCCAACUUGGAAUCCAUCUUCAGAUCAUUCAUCCCACCAAGUUUGAGAUCGGAAAAGUUUGAUGAUGGUGAUCAGUUCGAGGAUGCUCUUUCUCAAUUUUCAAGAACAGGAUCAUCCAUUUGAUGUAAAUACAAGACAAAUAUGUAUGUCCACAGAAUAUCAUUUUCCUUUUUUUUUUUGUACUUAGAUCAUGGAACCUCAAUUGGCCUGCUGGGUUUUGUUGGCGAUGAACUCUAGGAACCAUUUCUUUAGAUCUUUGUAAUCUAUGUAUGUUCAAUCCAGAUAGUGUGAGAACUUUCUGUUUGUUUCUACUUGGAGUGUAAGAUUUUCCUUGUUGCUGCCAUGGAAGGUAAAUUUGCAGCUGAUUAA